AUGAGUGAGGACCGGGAAACCCCGGACGGCGCUACGGCCGGAGACAGCUUGCUCAAGCCCGACGAGAGCAAGGAUAGUGUUGCUGAGGUUGACGUUUCCGACAGUCGAGUCCUCGCCAAGCCUGACAGCAAGGUGGAAGUCAAGUAUGUGAAUGCGGAUUCACAGAAUGGGGAUGCCAAAAUUGACAUCGAGAAUGUAAACGUAAAAGUGUUUGCUGGUAUGGGCAAGGAGGAGCUGAUGCGUUUUGCCAACGACCCUUUCUGGGUCCGAACACGAUGGAUCCUCUUUGGCUUGUUCUGGCUGCUUUGGCUGGCCAUGCUUGUCGGAGCAAUUGCUAUUAUUGUUCUGGCCCCCCGAUGUGGCAAGAAGGCUCAGUGGUGGGAACGCAGUCCUCUGUAUGAGGUCAAUGUUCGCUCCUUCAAAGAUGGAUCACGUAUGGCUGAUGGUAUCGGAGAUAUACAAGGAAUGCGCUCUAAGCUGGACUACAUCAAACGGGACCUUGGUGUUGAUGGAGUUAUUUUGUCCUCAAUCUAUCCCACUGGCUCGGACUCUUCGCCUGAGUCGGUCACUGACUUUAAGGCUAUUCAUCCAAACCUUGGUACACUGGACGAGUUCAAGGAACUAAUUGCUGACAUGAAAGCUAAAGAUCUGCGAUUAGUCCUUGAUUUAGUUCCAAAUCACUCAGGCAAACAGCACAAGUGGUUCCAGGACUCAAUAAAAAAUAUAUCACCUUACAAAGACUACUACGUGUGGUCCGCAGGGAAAGGAACUAACCAGAAAAAUGCCCCUCCUAAUAAUUGGGUGAGUGUGACUGGUGGAUCAGCAUGGGAGUGGAAUGAAGAAAGAAAUCAAUUUUACUUGCAUCAGUUUGGCACUGGACAGCCUGAUCUCAACUUCCACAAUCCUGCUGUCAAGGAAGAAUUUGAUGGAAUCUUAAAAUACUGGCUUGGCUUGGGUGUAAGUGGCUUCCAGUUGAGGAAAUCUGCUUUCCUGGUUGAAGAUGACAAACUUCAAGACGAGAAACCAGACUCCCAUUCAAGGACUACCCAUGACAACUAUGACUUUUAUAACCACAAGAAUACAAAAUACCUUUAUAAUACUUUCAAAUUGGUUGGGCACUGGCGUUCUUUGGUCAAUAAUGCAAGCGAUGAAAAUAUUUUGCUGGUCAAAGAUGAAUUCCCCUUGUUGGACUUUAAACAUGAUGGACAGCCUGACAAGAGCACAGCUGCUGCUGGUGACCUCCUGCAAACCCCUGACUUUUUACAAUCUAUACCCAGCAAAAUUGUUGUGACCGAUUUGAGCAAGAGUAUUCAAGACGCCAUAGCGCGCACACCAAGUCAUAAGCCAGCGUGGAGAUUGGGGAGUGAAAGUAACCAACGUCUAGCAUCGAAGUUCUCAUCAGGUGUGGCUGAAGGCCUGAUGAUGGUCACAUUACUUCUUCCUGGGACUCCCAUAGUUUACUAUGGUGAUGAAAUUGGGUUGAAGGAUAUCAACCAAGAUGUAAAUAACCGAGCUUUGGGUCCCAUGCAAUGGAAUUCUUCUUCUAAUGCAGGCUUCACUUCUGAUGCCAUUUCACCCUGGCUGAAAGGAAUCAGUCCAGCAGUUACGAAUGUAGAAGCUGAGCUGAAAGCGGAGCACAGUACAUUAAAAACUUUCAGAGACCUUGUGCAGAUACGGAAGACAAUGGUUGCUGUCACAGCUGGAAAAACAAAUAUAACUGUACUGAAUGCCACCCGGACUGAUGGCACUUUAGCAAAUAACUCUAUACUCGCUUAUACUCGCACUAAGAGUGGAAACCCAGGUGUCUUGGUUGCCAUGAAUCCAUCCAGAGAGGAGUUGAAUGUUGAUUUUGGUCACAUUCCUGGUGUAGCUAAUGAAUUAACUGUUCAUGCUGUCACUACAAACUUUGCCCAUAAAGACCUGCAAGUAAAGUCCAAAACUCAACGAGAUGCUGUUAAACUCCCUGCAGAGUCAGGAAUAACAUUUACCUUUGUGUACAAGGGUGAGGAAGAUUGAUCUGUUUCUAGGAUGAUCAAGACUUUUCAGUAGAUGUCUAGCCAUGUCUUGCUUGCUAACCCUGCACUAGGACAUCUCAUAUCUAGUGCCAAUGCUUUAGAAAAUAUUCUUGUAGUGCUAUUACCUAUCAUACAUUUUAAUCCUGAGACAUCUGAUUUAUUAUCUCAAGUGAAAUCGGAUCUAUAAUCUCAAGUUGAAUAAUCUCAAAUGAAAGCUGAGCAAAGCGUUUUCCUAUAACAUUGUUCCUAUUGUAUUUUUGUUUUUUAAUUUAUUGAUGAGUGACCAAAGUAACCAUACUUUUGGAACUGAUUUUCUGUAACUUUGACGUGUUGCAGCCUUUGUGGUCUUUUGACACCUGGUAUGUCUCAUUAAAUUUGCUUUCUGCCAAGCAUUUUAACUUAGCA